AUGCCCAUGCCCAGACGAGCAGCAUUUAUCGGCACUCACCAUCGCAGCUGCCGCCGGCGCCGCUGCUCAAGCGUCACACAUCUACUGCCGCCGCAGCUGGCAAUUGCAGUGGAGGAAAUAACAGUUUUAUACCCAAAUCUGCAUCGCCCGCUGGAGUCGCACAAGCUGCCGAAUGUCACGCCCACUUGCAAUGCCAGCCCCUUAUUAUACAAUGGCAGUGGCAGCGCCUCCUCCAUCGCAAGUAACUCCAGUUUCUUGGGCGUACGCAAGCCAAGUCUAACGCUCAACUCAUCCGACAUACGCAACAACAAUGAUUUAUUUGCCUUUGCCAAGGAAAUGUCGCCCGCAUUGGAGCUGAGUGAUCACUCGCACUCGCACUCACCAAUGUUCACAGAUAUAACCACUGCCAUAUCGCCAGCAAAUAGUAUGGCUCUCCUACACAUCAUCAGUUGGGUAGACUCUUCAGCCUGA